AUGUUCAUAAACUUAUUCGUUCUGCAAUUCACACUAGUCAGUCAGUUUUAUUUUGUUUCCUUGGUCAAUGCUCAAUCGCAGAGGGAUUCUAUCACGAAAUUUGGUAACUGCUCUAAUCUGUUUGGAGCACCCUUGAAAUUGCAAUGCACUGGCUUAAUUACGACAACACUGAGGCGUAACUACAAAGACAGAUAUGUGAUUGAGGGUACCCCAUAUGCCAUUUUCGCACCCGACAGUCUGAUGGUCUCCGUCUUCAUCACGAUGUACUCCUCACCUUUGUUGGACUGUAACACUCUGACGGUGAUUAAUUCGAACACAUUCAAUUGCGAUGCAAAUGAACUGAUCACACUGAGAGUCUCGAGACUAUUCUGUUUCAAUUAUCCCAUGCGAUACUUUGCCGAACUCAGAAACAAUUGUAUGAAAGCUCGCAAUGCCGCUUAUAAUGUUAUAGAUCAUUCGGCUCUGCAUUAUGCGAAUGAUUCCAAUCUGGCCAAGUCCUGGUCUGCCAAUAGCUGGGUGGUGUUCUUCAUUACUCUGAUGGUCUUUAUAAAUAUGACACUGCAUUUGCAUUUUGUGAAUGUGGUUGUGGGAUACUUGGACAUUUGAAAACAGAAUGCUGACUCCUUACAUGCAUGUGUAAUAGGAUAAUCAACAUUCUGUCUUUAAUAUCAAGAUCUCACAAAAUACAUUCGAUGCAAUGUUGAAAAUGCAGUCACUAUGUGCGAUCUGCAGCAAAAAGCUGAGAAGGUAGACCAAAAAGAAAGGAAAUCAAGAAAGGACGAGUGUUAAAAGAAAAUUUCCAGUUAAAUUGAUUUGCAUACUCGUGCAUGUCUGAGAAGGACUGCAGCACUAAAGCCUUGGCCCAAAUCUUGGCAUGAGAAAAAUAAAGUAAAAUAAAAGAGUG